CACAAAAGCGACGAUGCGACCGAGCCUUGCAGACCGGUGGUGCUGCACGAAUGGCUUAUCGACUAUGUCUGAUUCAACUUGUGCUUUUAUUCGUUAUUGCCACAGGGAAUUCACAAGAUAACGAAACCACUACGUAUACCAUAUCCACCGGACACGCUGAAGCACUGGAAGAAAUCAAAACUGAUCCACCAUUUGAAAAAGUUCCCGAAAUCUUCCGAGACUUCAAGUACAACGUCAUCAGAGGCAUUGUUCUAGACUUGAAAUGGAACGCACCGGACGACCUCACAACUGUGUACUCUUACACGUUAAUUUGCAAACAAGACGGUACUGGGCAGCAGCUUGAAUUUAAAGGCGAAGCACCCGCGCGGCACAUCACCCUAUCUCUUCAGCAGCCCCUGGCGACUUUCGAAUGUUCAAUAACUGCAUCAACGAGCAAAGAUGGUGACGUUCCUAUUAACGGGUCCUCAAUACCAUUCACAGUUACCACUGGAGAAAUUAAUCCUCCUAACGAUGUCAAGCUUCUUGAAAGCACUUCCACGAGCCUUACGUACACUUGGUCUAUUGUAACUCCUCUGAAUAGCUGGAAGGUUUCAGCAGAGCCACUUGGAGACGACAAUUGUGACCUCAGUGGUGAUACAAAUGGGCACGAAGAGAUAAAAAAUAUGACUGUUGUAUACAACAUCACCGAUCUCACACCGGGCUCUGAAUACAACGUCUCCGUUCGAAACUGCUUCAACUCUUUUGCAGCCUGCCGACAUUCAUUACAGGAGUUACCGAUUUUCCAGACAGCAUCAUCAAGACCAGUCAAAGGUUUGAAGGCGUCGUUUGUGAACGGCACAGUUCUGAAUGCUUCCUGGGACACUGCGGAGGGCUGCUGGGACUACGAUGGCUAUACGGUUAUAUGCCGAGACCCCAAUACUGGCCAAGAGCUCUCCCUAACGGCGGGCAGUGAACCCCACUUUUUGCUGCCUCUCCGCAAGCCGAAGGAGAAGUUCGAGUGUUCAAUACAGCCGUUUGUUCUGAACUCGGCAGGCCAGCGCAGGAACGCUGCAACACUGGAGUUCCAAGUUUCCACGGAAGGUCUAUAUCCUCCAAAGGGUGUAAAAAUUAUUGAGUACACUGACACAAGCCUUACUCUUGAGUGGUAUGGGGACCUUGACUCGACAACCUGGAAGCUGACUGCAGACCGCAUAUCGACGUCAGGCAUUGAGCAUGACGUCACUCAAGACAGCGGCAAAAACGGUGCUGAAACGAUCACUCACAAAGUGACUAGUCUCGUCCCAUGGACGCGUUACAACUUUUCCAUUGUGAACUGCCGCGACAACUAUUGCAGUGAACCUGUUGGGCUCAUUGCAGCAACGGAUGUAGCAGCUCCAUCAAAGCCGGAAAGUCUUCAGUGCGUUGUUGAAAACGACGUGAACGUUCGAUUUACAUGGGAGAAACCAGAGAAACCCAACGGCCCUGUAGAAGGCUACAGCCUUCGCGUGCACAACCUAGACACGGAAGAAACGAGGUCGUAUUCUGUUCCAGGAAAUGCGACCAGUAUAAUAUUGAACUUGACGCAGGAAUUCAAUCGCUUCACCACAUACUUGAAGGCUUACAACGUUGCUCAGCUGAAUGGAGAAAGUGUCUACAGCCCUGAAUCAGAAGUCGCAUUCGAGACUCUCGGCCAAGGUAUGUCCGUGGCACUGUUCUUGGUGGCUGGAGUUGUGAAUCAAUUUUAG